ACCAAGCAGAGAUUUCACUGUGCAAGGUCAGAGGAAAGACAGUAAUACAAUAUUUUUGAAACUAAGGAUAGCUGAUUCCACAGGUCAUAUCCGCAAUAUCCACUUCCCAUUUGAUGUUGAGGUAGAUACAGCAAUUGCAGUUGCUAGCGAAAUGGUGGACCAGUUGGAUCUGACUGAUCAAGAUGUUUCAACAAUUGCUGCUAUGAUUGAUUCAGAAAUUCGGUCCCAUAUUCCUGGUUGGGCUUCCCACAAUGUUUCACCAGAAAAUUUAGUUGCAGAGGACUCAGAACCUCCUUUUGAAACUAGGGAUGACAGUUCACCUUUGUCAAAUGAAUCCAUUACCUCUCCUGGCAGUCUUGUAUUGGAAAGAUUGCCUUCAGGUCGUAAGUAUUGGUCCGACUCACCCAAGGAUGUUGAUGGAAACUCUCCAAGCAAGCUUGGACGUUCAAACUUGUCUUGUCAUGAGCCUUCUCUAAGUUGUCCAAAUGCUGCUCAGUCAAAUGGACAGUUGGAGGCUGAGAGCAUGUCCGAUGAUGAUGAUAACUGUGCAAAACAUGGAAGUAACAGAUCUGAUGAUUUGCAGUAUGGUAAUAGAAACAGCACAUCUGUCAAGAUCAUUGCCGAGAAACUUGAUAAACUUCUGGUAAUGCAGCAACAAGAGCUAGAGGAACUAAAGAGGAAGCACAGAGUAGCCAUAUUAGACCUUCUGAAUGAAGUGUCUCCAGAAAUUCGUCUGGAUGUUUUAAAUAUAUGUAAACUGAAAAUACCUGUUCAUGAAAUGCCGUGAUUCAGUGCGUGCUUUGUUAGAGAUAUGGGCUACCCUAUAGAAUUUGAAGUGCAUUCCAUUGUACAUCUUCAGCUUGACAAUGGAUGGCGAGUUGGUAAUUAAACAUACUCUAGAAGGUUUCCUACCAGUCGAAUGGAUCAAAACAUCAUCGAGUGCUCAGAUCUUUAUUACAGAAGACCUGCUGCUUGACAUGCCUCGAAAGGCAAUGCCUGUGAUAUCGAGUCAUGAGAGACGAUAGAGCAGAAUCACAGCAUGAAAAUAUAGGUGAUGAUCAACUCCACAUGUGCACUUGCAGCACAAUAUCUGACAUUAAUCUCUUAAUUGAGCUGCAGGGAGGAGGCAAGGUCUAGCAAGUCAUGUAUUUUUGUAAAAAUUCCUACUUCACCCCAACUCCACGGCUUUAUAUACUUGUGCAUAUGUUUCAGUUGAUUGAAUUACGCCAAAGUCUUGCUGGUUCACAAUUUGUUGUUGGGGUGAUGGCGUUCGCUUUUUCUCAUCAAACUCGUUGAGCUAUUUAAUGCUAUGAAGGGUGUGGAUUGAA